CUUCAAGGCCCCAGUGAAAGUUGAACGCGGGUUUAGCACGGAGACUCAUUUAGUUUGUAAAAAGAAGAAAGAAAAUGUGGUUAUUAUUAGAAAGUUGUUCUAAUUGUCUUUGAUGUGUCGAAAAAUAUCCACGAUGCGUUGUGUAUUUCAGCUGCUGUCGUACUUGUUUUGUCAUUAAAACGCUGACAGAAGGGACUUUUGCUGACGUUUAGCUUAGCACGCUAACCUUUAUUUACCUUUUCCUGAAGUAGUCGACGGGUUGCAUUUUAGUCAAAUCUGCAUUACGUAAGAGUUCAUUACUGAACAUCUUUUCCUCCUAAAACCAGACCUGGCCAGAAACAGGGUAAUUUUGUGUUUAAAAAGAAAAAGACAGCUUCUUCCUUAUUAUUUCCGAAUGGAUUCGUUGGAAUUGAAACCGAAAGUGGAUCCUCAGCAGCAGCAGCCACUCCGAGUCUGACUGGAGUUUAGUUUCCCUGACUGAAGAGGAGCUCUGAGAUCCUGAGCAGGAUUCACCACCUCCAAAACCACAAGGUUAACAUCAUCCCACUCUGGCAUGACUUGUCUCAGUUAGGCAGGAAAAAAAAAAUCAACCAAGCUCAAGAUCAUCAUAAAGAGUUCACCCGCUGCAGCCAUGAUGAAGAGGAGUCUAGACGCCUCAGAUGAGGCACCGAAGUGGAAGAAGGCCAAAAGGGAAGAGGCGAGCUCUGAUGAAGACGACGAAUCAUCGCAGAGAACCACAAGCCACGAUUCCAGUCAGAGCGAGUCUCUCAGUGAUGCUGAAGAUCAAAGACCUGGUUUCUCCAAACCAUCAGCAUCCCAGAAUGCAUCGAGCAGCGAUCCUUCACAGAGCGCCACCAAAUUCUCCAUGUACAACAGCGUCUCACAGAAGCUCAUGGCGAAAAUGGGUUUUAAAGAAGGUGAAGGAUUGGGGAAGUUUAAUCAGGGCCGGAAGGAGAUCGUGGAGACGUCGACGCAGCGAGGGAGGAGAGGUCUCGGACUCACGCUGCAGGGCUUUGAAGGAGAUCUCGACGUGGAAUGGAAGGACGAACCCGAGCCUACUGCUUUUGAAGAAGUGUCCUGGUUCCCAGAAUGUACGACAGAAAUGCCAGACUCGGAAGAGCUGACCGACUGGAUGACUGUCGGCGAGAGGAAACUGAAGAUCGAUGACGAGACGGAGUUCUGUUCAGAGGAGCUCCUCCUCCUGCUGCUACGCUGCAAGAGUGUGUUCGAUGACCUAGAGGGAGAAGAAAUGAGGCGAGCUCGCACACGGUCCAACCCGUAUGAAACGAUACGAGGAGUUUUCUUUCUCAACAGAGCUGCGAUGAAGAUGGCAAACAUGGACCAUGUGUUUGACUACAUGUUUACCAAUCCAAAGGACUCCCAAGGGAAGCCCCUAUUCCGUGAUAAGGAAGGCGAGCUGCUGUAUUUCGGGGACGUGUGCGCCGGGCCUGGAGGAUUCUCGGAGUAUGUUCUCUGGCGUAAACGUUGGCAUGCGAAAGGCUUCGGCAUGACUUUGAAAGGAGCCAAUGAUUUUAAACUGGAGGAUUUCUACUCCGCCCCCAGUGAACUCUUCGAACCUUACUAUGGUGAAGGUGGGAUUAACGGUGAUGGUGAUAUCACACGCCCUGAGAACAUUAGUGCAUUUCGUAACUUCGUCCUGGAGAGCACAGAGAAGCGAGGCGUCCACUUCCUCAUGGCUGAUGGAGGUUUCUCAGUGGAGGGGCAGGAGAACCUGCAGGAGAUCCUGAGCAAGCAGCUUCUCCUCUGCCAGUUCCUCACGGCCUUAUCCGUCGUCCGAACAGGAGGCCACUUUGUGUGUAAGACGUUUGACCUGUUCACACCCUUCAGUGUGGGUCUGAUCUAUCUGCUGUAUCUGUGCUUCGAGAGAGUGUCGCUCUUCAAACCCGUCACCAGCAGACCUGCCAACUCUGAGAGGUACGUGGUGUGUAAGAGUCUGAAGCCAGGCUCUGAUGCAGUCAGGGAUUACCUGUUCAAGGUGAACCUGAAGCUGAAUCACCUCAGGCACUCGGAGAGAGACGUUACAGACGUGGUGCCUCUGGAGAUCAUCAAAGGAGACACAGACUUCUACCAGUACAUGGUGGACUCCAAUGAGCGUUAUUGCUCUGUGCAGAUCAAAGCUCUCGCUAAAAUCCAUGCCUAUGUGAGAGACUCGACGCUGUCCGAACCAAGACAAGCCGAUAUCCGCAAGGAGUGUCUCAGACUAUGGGGGAUUCCUGAUCAAGUCCGAGUCGCACCUUCUUCCUCAGACCCCAAAUCCAAGUUCUACGAGCUCAUAAAUGGAUCGGAUGUCGACAGCUUCAACUCGCGGCCCACAGCCCUCAACCCCAAGACUCUGGACAAACUUCAGCACGUAUUGGACCACCGGUGCAUCGUUGGUGGGGGAGAACAGAUUUUUCUCCUGGGGCUUGGGAAAUCUCAGAUCUACACAUGGGAUGGCAAAUCCCCCGUGCGCUGGAGGAAGCUGGAGAACUUUAAACUGGAGUUGCCCAGAGACACUGUGCUGAGUGUGGAGAUUGUGCAGGAGCUGAAAGGAGAGGGUAAAGCCCAGCGUAGGAUCAACGCCGUUCAUGUCCUGGAUGCUCUGGUUCUCAAUGGCACCGACGUCAGAGAGCAGCACUUCAACCAGAGGAUUCAGAUGGCUGAGAAGUUUGUGAAGGCUGUAUCUAAACCCAGUCGACCCGACAUGAACCCGAUACGAGUAAAGGAGGUGUAUCGGUUAGAGGAGAUGGACAAGAUCUUUGUAAGAUUGGAGAUGAAGGUGACGAAGAGUUCAGGUGGAAUGCCACGGCUGUCCUACACGGGCCGAGACGAUCGCCACUUCCUGCCCAGCGGCCUUUACAUCAUCAAAACGGUCAGAGAUCCGUGGACGAUGGCAUUCAGUAAGAGCUCGAAGAUGAAAUUCUUUUACAAUAAACAGACAAAACAGUCCACCUACGUCAUGGAUCCGAGCGCCAUCGCACCUUUUCAGGUGUGUCAUCAUGAAAGGUUGUUUUGGGCCUGGGAAGAAGGGGUCAGAGUUCAUGACUCUCAGAGCCGCGUGGAUCCUCAGAAACUCUCCAAAGACAACGUGCUGUCCUUUAUCCGGAAACACUGUCAUCAGUGGGAGAGCCGUGACAGCGUGUGAAGCCACUGGUCACCAGCAGAGGGCACUGUAGUUUUCAGAAGAGGAAGUGUAGCUUGUAGUCACACGAUUUUCAUUCUGUGCUCAAUUUAAAACCACAGAAUUAAAGUUUGUUAUUUUACAGCCAGUUAGCUUUAUACAGUAUUUACAGGGAAUAUAGAAGGACACAGUGCUUAGGCUUCAUAAAUUAGAUACACUAAUCCAGUGCAUGAUGAUAGGACUCGACAUUUCCUCUUCUGUGCGUUCGGUUGGCACCGCCCCCUUUUUUUGGUUUUGUUUGCUUGUAAAUGUUGUUUGAAUGAGCCAGGUGAGGUGUGUGUGUUAUUUUUAUGGGCUUCAUUUGAGCUUGUCGGUAACCUCAAUAAUAAAACUCUGGGAGGGUUUUCUUCCUCUCUUAAACAA